AUGCAGUUCUACUCUAUUCUCCUUCUAGCGACUAUUGCUAUCGGUGCCAGAACCAAUCCGAAUGAUCAGAAGACAUUCCCUAUUAUUAGAAAGGAUCAGAUUGCUAAGUCCAAUGACGGUAACGUCAAGAAAUUCUUAGCAAAGGCUGAGAAGAAACAUCUGAAGGUUCAAUAUAUUUAA